AGCGCCGGACUUCAAGGCCGCGCUUGUCAGCAUACACAUUGCUCGACACGCCGCAACAUGAUCCCAACUCCCAUCGAUACCUGACCACACCUGAUCAAGAAAGACAUACGUUUCGCCGAGUACGUGAUGCGCAAGGCAGCUCGCGUGUGGGCUAAGAGUGCAGUGGAGACUGUAGAUUUGGCCUGGUGGCCUACUGAUGAGCUUUGUAGGAGGGGCAGGCUAGAAGUGCAUGUUAGAGCUGGAAGCCAUGUGCUACCUGGAGAAGCAUUGCAGCUUAACGGCAGGGGAAGUUCAUCAACGGAUUUGAACCCAAGGCGCCAACUCGUCCUAUUUUCGUCUGCUUUGUUUUUGGUCCUUACUUCCUCCGUCCUCCGACCCCUGGCCUCCGUGCAUCUACCCCACAUCCCUUUCUGUCUGCCUCUGGCACUCUAUCGUCUGUGGAAUUGCCCUUCAGACCCCCCUCUCAUAUCCUGUGGACAGCCCUCGUCCACACCUACGAUCGCGUCCACGAUAUACUGCACUCAAGCUACGUCCAUUCUUACCAAUGUGUCUCUAAGCAAGCUACGCCUCAAGCCCACCCUAGACUCGUAACAAUGCAUGCCCUGGAAAUGAACCCUCUGUCGCCUUGCUUCUCCCUCUCACGCAAUCUCACCACGUGGAAACCAUACCUAGAAGGCCCUGAUGAGGUGGG